AUGUCUUCCCCCAAAGUCUCGUGGGACCUCGAGGCCCACUACGUGGUCAGUAUUCUUCCUCAACCUUCUCUUACAUGCCUUGCUUAUUUUGCAUCUGUCCUGAAUCCUGAAAUUGCAUUCAAACGUUCUCUAUGGGCUUUACUAAUCAACCGUUCAUUCCAGCUGCUCUUGACGAUUCUUGAGACCCACUGCAACAAGAUAGAUUACCAGAGCAUUGCCGACACGUGGCCCCAGGGAGGAGCUCGCCCCACGGCGCGUGCGAUCAAGGAGCGAAUCAGCAAGAUCAAGAAGGGAGAAGCGAGUGGUAUCAGCUCCCCUGCUACCCCCAAGCUGCCUCGACGUGCCCCGGGCAAGACGAAAGUCACGCCCUCUACCCCAAAGAAAAAGCGUGCCAGCGAGGUGACCGAGGAGGAGGAGCCUGUUGCGAAGAAACCCAAGGGCAAAGGAAAGGGCGAUGAUCAGGAGACCGCCCGGGACAGCUCUCAGGAUGAUGCAGCCAGCGAGGAGACCGAGUACGAUUCCGUUUAG